AUGGCCAGAUUCGAUUGUAUAGAACGGCCAUUGUCGAGGGCAUUCCAUCGUUAUGGCGCUUACCUUACUACUAAUCCCAUCCCGUUUAUAAUUUUCCCCGUUCUUCUCACCCUGGGGCUUUCAACAUCACUUCUUUCUUUGGAAUCGUUGACAGAUGCCAUUUACUUAUUUACUCCUUCUGAUGCUCCUUCAAAAAUGGAACGGCAAGUAAUCCAUGAUCUUUGGCCACUAUAUAAUGGGUCAUACAUUCCUGGAAGAGCGGUCACUCAAUCUCGGGAAGUUCAGGUUGGUUUUUAACGAUAGAAUUCGUCUUACACAUAAUUUUCCGCUGCGACGAAAGAUUUUUAAUUAUAACGGCGGGUCGUCGCAGAAAAAUGUUUCAAUUCGUCGAAAAAAGUGUACGGUCGCGCAUCAAAUUUCAGUUGUAUCAAAGUGCUGCUUGCCGUCGCAAAGCGAUGAUCGGCGACUCCAAGGCGCGACGACCCGCCGUUAUUUUCCCGACAGACUGAUGCCCACAGGUUAUAGAUUUCGUGACGAUUUUUUUUUUGUUUUUAGAUAACAGUUUUGGCCCGAGAUGGUGGAAAUAUUUUGGAAAAGCCUUACUCGGAAGCUGUUCAGCGAUUGGACAUGUAUAUCACAAAUCGAAUCAAAGUACACCAUGAAGGGCGAGUGUAUACUUAUAAAGAUCUCUGUAUUCAUGGCCGUACAAAGACUUGCCCUGGCAAUAAACAUGUGCAUCUUCUUUCCGAUCUGUUUCAACAUGGCGUGAAUAUUACAUAUCCAACUGUUCGUCUGGGGUCUGUGUAAGUCUCACUUUGGGUUAUUAAGAGUUUUGCAAAUGUUUAGGAGCGGCUACAUAGGAAGUAGUUUGGGCGGUGUCAAGGUGUCGCAUGGAAAAGGGGACACGAUGGUAUUGGCCAGUGCCCAGUCGUGGUUGAUGGUAUACCAUCUUCAGUUUUAUCCGUCCAAGGUUUCGCUUCUGUCUGGACUUUGGGAAAAGGUAGGAAUUUUGUUUUGUAAGAGGUAUUUUUAGGCCUUCGAGGAUUCCAUGAAGCAGUAUCCGGAAGAUCCAUACAUUACAAUUACGUUUUUCCACUCCCAAACCCUGGCCGAGGAGUUGAAAAGGAAUGCUGACUCGUUGGUUCCGAGAUUUGUAGCAGCGUUUGUGAUUUUGAUAAUUUUUUCUGUCAUUUGCAACAUGUCUUUUGUGGAUGGAACACCAUACGUGGAUUGGGUGCUUUCCAAACCAAUAUUGGCAGUGCUUGGCGUACUCAACGCCGGGAUGGGAAUUGUUUCGGCGAUAGGUGCGAUGAGUCUUAUUGGGAUGCCUUACAAUGAUAUCGUUGGUGUCAUGCCGUUCUUGGUUGUGGGUAAGUCUUGUCGUUUUUUUAUACUGUUGUUUCAGCCGUUGGAACUGAUAACAUGUUCUUGAUGGUAGCAGCCUGCCGGCGGACAAAUCGUGCCCUGAGGGUCACCGAGAGAAUCGGGGAAUGUAUGGCUGAUGCCGCCAUCUCAAUGUUCAUAACUUCCCUGACAGAUGCUUUUUCGUUUGGGAUCGGAACUAUUACAAGCAUACCUGCAGUUCAAAUUUUUUGUGUGUAUACAGCGGCUGCCGUUGUAAUUACAUUUAUAUAUCAGGUUGGUUGAGGGUUUCCAAAUUUCUUACAAUGAUUUCUUCAGAUAACGUUUUUUGCCGGAUGUCUCUCGUUGGCUAUUGGUUGGGAAUCUAGAGGAUUGCAUUGCGUAACCUUAAACAAAACAGUCAACGAAAUGGAAAUCAAUAGGGCGUCCAGGACUGAACGUUUCUUCAAACUCGGAUCGACGUUUGACCCAAAUCCUCAUAACAAGGAAAACAUUAAGGACACUGCAGCCGCCAGAUUCUUCGAAAAUGUUUAUUCUCCGAUCUUGAUGGCCCCAAUGAUUAGAUUUGUGGUUGUUCUGUGGUAUCUUCUUUAUGUAGUUUUUGGUAUAUAUGGAUGCAUGCAAUUGAGGGAAGGACUCGAGCCCGUCAAUCUUCUUGUACAAGAUUCGUAUGCAAUCCCACAUUAUCAUGUGUUGGAACGGUACUUUUGGCAUUAUGGAGCGUCAGUUCAAGUAAGUUAGUCUUAUUAGGAUUGAUUCGUUGCAGGUAGUUGUGAAUAAUGCGCCUGAUCUGAGAGAUCCAGGAGAAAGGAAGAAUAUGAAACGGGUCGCCCAUUCCUUUGCCAAUACAAAACACACCAUCGGCGAUGAGUCAAUACAACUGUGGCUGAAUGAAAUGGAACGGUACUACAAAGACGAUCUUGGGCUCAAGAUAGUCGACAAGGAAUUCUACGGUUUAGCCAGACAUUAUUUCGCAGCAAAACAGUCCGAUUACUGGUCGGAUGACGUCAAAUGGGCCACGGACAGCGAUGGCGUCCCGUACAUUAAGGCGUUUAGAUUUCUGGUUGGUCUCCGAAAUAUUUCUACCUCGGUUGAGCAAGAAGAUGCAACGUUCGUCCUUCGAGAAGUCGCACAGCGAUUCCCGAAGUAUAAUAUUACCACUUUCAUGCCCUUGUGGCUCUUUACUGAUCAAUACGCCAUUGUGGUACCCAACACUGUCCAAAACAUUGUGAUCGCUAUCAUCGUCAUGAUAUUGAUCGCCUUAGUUCUGAUCCCGGAGCCUAUGUGCGCGGUCUGGGUUGCAUUGGCCAUUGCGUCCAUUGAUGUAGGUGUGAUUGGUUUCAUGACGCUGUGGGAUGUAAAAUUGGUGAGGUUACUUGGUAUUUACAUAUAUUCGUUCAGGAUGCUAUCUCGAUGAUUACUAUAAUCAUGUCGAUCGGCUUCUCAGUCGAUUACUCAGCUCAUAUCACAUAUGGUUACGUGGUGUCGAAAAAAAAGACUACAGUAGACCGGAUUGGAGAAGCGUUGGGUGCCCUGGGGUGGCCGCUGACCCAAGGAGCGAUCUCUACUAUCCUGGCCGUCAUCGUACUAGCCGACGUUCCCGCCUACAUGAUCGUCACCUUCUUCAAAACAGUAUUUCUAGCUAUCGGUUUGGGUCUUCUCCACGGUCUUGUCUUUCUACCGGUCACCUUGUCUUUGUUCGUUCGGGAAUCUUGCAUGAUGAGUAGUAGGUAA